ACAGGAGGAGAAGGGAGGUUUAGGGCCCAUCCUCUGCCCUCACCCAAAAUGGCCGCGGGCGCGCCCGUCCGUCCCUGAGGCGGGCCCAGCGCUGAGGGCGCGGGACGCGGAGGCGGCCGCGGAUCCCUUUCGAACAGGGCUGGAUCCCGGCAGUGAGAUUUAAUGAGUCAAACUGAGCUGUUGGGAGUUUCUGUUGAAGAUGUACAUGUUGGUUGAAAAACGCACAAAUUCCCAUCUUCACCUAAAGAGGUCACCUGGCAUCCGAUCCUGGUCUCUCUGUGUUGGAAUAGCCUCCAUAGGUUUGGCUGCUGCUUAUUAUAGUGCAGACAGCUUGGCAUGGAAGCUCUUCUACAUGGCUGGGUGUUUCUUUGUGGCAGCCCAGAAUCUGGAGCAGUGGGAGGAAGCUGUAUUUGAUAAGAACAAGGGAACAAUCUGCCUAAAAACAUUCAACCUCUACAAAAAAAUACUGACCUUGUCAAAAGGAGGCAAUGAACAAGUGGUGGCCGUGCUGAGCGAGAUCCGCGAUGUGAACGUGGAGGAGGAGGCCGUGCGCUAUUUCGGGAAGGGUUACCUGGUUGUGCUGCGCUUCGUCACCGGCUUCUCACACCCGCUCACCCAGAGUGCAGUGCUGGGCUGCAGAAGUGAUGUGGAAGCAGUUGCCAAACUCAUCACGAGUUUUCUGGAACUGGACAGAGUAGAGACCCCACAAGAUUUCUCCCAGAGCAGCGAAACAGAGGCAAGUGAUGCAGAUGAACCACAGGUUAAAUACUGAUAGUCACUGUGAACUGAAGCAAGCAGAGGCUUUCACACAUCUGGAAAAUAUUCUGAUUGUUCUUCAGAAAAAGAAACCACUCACAACCUUGACCUGGGCAUUUCUCAACGCGUGCAUUUAUAGUGAGUGGAAUCUGUCAUAGUUUAGAGCUAAACUGCUUCAAGACCCUGCAUGUGGACACUGCUGGCUUUUGAACUUUUGUCACCUCAUAAACCUGUCUAGGAAUAGUUAUUUAUGAAUGAAUUGGUUUGAAAUAAUUGCUUUUCCAUUAAUGAAGAUACAGAUGUGAACUUCUGCUUACUGCAAACAUUUGCUGCAGGUACAGUAUAUGAAAUGUAGAAGAGGUGAAUUUGUAACUCAAAACACAAUGCUUUGAGGCUUCCCCUUUAAUAUAUGCAAUUAGGAGAUGCAGAGUAGUGGCACUUUUAUGUUCUCUACUACUGACUUGCCAUUGGAUAUAUGUGGAAAUUGAAGUCUGAGUGCCUCUCUUGGAAUUUUAAACAUCAGGUUGAUCAACUUGUAACAGUGUCUUAACUUAUCUCGGACUCACCAAGGAGCCAUAAAUAGCAAAGGAAAAAUGAUCAUGAUGAAAUGUCUUUGGGAUGUUCUACCUUAAUCCUGUUCUGCUUAACUUCUGGGUAGGACAGAGCAAUCUUUUUCUAGACCUCAAUGUUUACCAUUUAAACUGUGUAUUUAGAAGGGAAGCAGGGACAUAUGUAACUUUAGGUAGGGAAAAGACUGAUGUCAAAGAAAGUGGUAGGUUAGAGUUGUUAUUUCCUCACUUGAAAUGAUGCCCAAGUGCUAAAUAAUAACUUUUUUUAAGGUAGGUAGCAUAGACUAAAUGUCUGACUUGUUCCUGUGUUUUACUCCAGGUGUGUGGUGUCCUCUAUUCUGACCAAUGGUUUCACAAAUAGUUAAAAUAUAAAUUUUUUCAAGGUAUUUCUAAAGUAAAAGCUACCUCUGUUAGUCAACAUAAUCUGUCUAGAACUCCAUCAUGCUUACAUUGAUAUGUCAGUACAAGAAAAUUGUAAAAAGCUGCAAGUUCCUUCAGCAUGCUAUAGCUGCUUGUACUGAAGUUCACUAGGUUUUAUUUAGGAAUCUUACGGUCUUUAGACCUGAUUUAGGAAAUAUUUACACAGUUACAGGAGAUCUGAACAGGGUACGAGGUAACUGUGUUGUCUGCUUUCACGGUUGGCCAGCAGCAAAUGUCUCCUGGCAGCAGUUUCUUCAGAAAUUAAAAGAACCUGUGUUCUUGUUUCCAAUCACUCUACCUCUACAGAGAGAAGGCUCUGAAAAGUUUUUGGUAGAAGGCACAUCCUGUUGUGUGUUCCAGUUUGGUCUGCAGCUGAGCACCUGCUCAUCAAAGAUUUCCCUUCCAGCUGUUCAGACCCAGGAUGUGAGCAGAGGCAGAGCCUGGUGUUGUCAGUGGAAGGUACUCACACUGCAGCGGGGACGUGGCUGUUGAUGUAGCUUGCCUGCAGACAGAACUAGUUCUGUUUCCUUUAAAUAAGAUAAAAAACUUGUAAUCAUGUCAGGUAUCUGUACAGACCUCUGCCAGUACACGUUCCUGAAAGUCCUCUCAGUUGUUGGGGUAAUCGUGGGGCUUUUGGUGCCUACCCCACACCACUGGAACUGGGAAGCUGCUGCGUAUGAAUGUGGAAAAAGUAGGUUGCAGGCAAUAAGCUAAAUUUGCCUUUAUUCUCCAGCACAGCUGUAGGCUAAGCAUAAUCAUCAAACCUGUUUAAAAAAUGUUGCAGGGUGUAACACUUUAUGUAGAGUUCCUCAUGGAUUUGGUUAUGGCAAUGUCUGUGCACUCCUCAGCAAGGGGAUCCGCUUGCAGAACUGUGGAAAGCAGGUGCAGCUCAGGACAGGGUCCACUCUUCCCUUUUUGGAUGAGUCCUCUCUCAUCCUCCUUUUCUGCCACCUCUCACCAUUCUGCUGAAGGCUUUCCUGGGUGGUUUUGGGCCCAGCAAAGUCAAAGGCCCAGUAAACAGAGCCUUACCUGUGCCUGCUGUGAAGUGACUUGGACUCAAAGGAAUUAUGUGAAAGACUCAUUUUGGUUAGGAAAUUAGGAACUCCUGGGAGACUCUCACAGAUGUGGUCAUUAACCUUUGCAUCUCAGGCUGUCUGGACAGCUGUAGUUUGCAUGACUUACUGAUUUUAAAAGCUGCAUAGCAGACCUUAGGUCAGCUCUAACACCCUGACCCCUAAACCAGCCUUCUGUCAUGUCCUUCCCUGUAACUGUUUGCUGAGUGCCACUUGGCAGCUUCAGCUCAUGCUUGGGCAGCUCGGUGGCACUUCCACGCAUGGCUGUGCUGGGAUGGGACUGGGGCUGUGGCUGCUGCAGUGAGCAAAAGCCUGAGUGCAUCUGUGCAGAGGGAGAGCACUGCUUUGUGUAACCUUUGUGUAACCUUUGUGUAACUCGUACUUCAGUACUUCACAAUGAAGUAUCCCAUGUCUGGCAUCAACUGUGCAGGUCUCAAAGAAAAUCCACAUAUUUAUACCUGAGAUCCGACUCUUGGGCUGUAUUUAUGAAGUUACACAGAUGAUAAAACCUCAGCUGGCUCACCUAAUAAAUAAAGAGUGCUAGUUCUGCCAGUGUCAUAGAUGGCUGAGACAAAAAUAUUUCUGGAAAAUGUUUGGAAAUUGCCUUUUUUUUUAACUUUAAAAUUGCAAGUAGAAUUUCAGCAAGGCCUUGUAUUGUCUUUUUUUAAAAAAACGUUCAUUGAUAAAAAACUUUGAUAACUUGUUUUGCAUCGCUGUAGUAUUUUGUAUUGUUUUUAAUUAAAAUUAUUAAAAUAUUAA